AUGGUCGUGAUCCACCGCCGGCACCCCUCGAGGGCAGGUGGCCCGUGGCUGCUGGGUCUCCUGGCACGCCUGCUGCUCUGGGGCUCUCCAGGAGCCUGGGCGAGCUACCUGAGAAGAUCCUCCAGCUGCACGCCCAUUCCACACCGCAUGGCCUUGUGCUACGAUAUUGGCUACUCCGAGAUGAGGAUUCCCAACCUGCUGGAGCAUGAGACCAUGACAGAGGUGAUCCAGCAGUCUUCCAGCUGGCUGCCCUUGCUGGCCAGGGAAUGCCACCCAGAUGCAAGGAUUUUCCUCUGCUCCCUCUUUGCACCAAUCUGCUUGGACAGGCUCAUUUACCCCUGCCGCAGCCUGUGUGAGGCUGUCAAGAGAAGCUGUGCUCCCGUCAUGGCUUGUUAUGGCUACCCCUGGCCUGAAAUCCUCAACUGCAACAAGUUUCCUGCAGAUCAUGAACUGUGCAUCGCAGCAGUCUCCACGGAUGAAAAUUCCUCCAGCAGAAGAACAGUACCCAGAGCCAGUUGCAAGGACUGUGAGCUUGAGGAGGCCAGUACUGCCAGGGAGAUCCUGGAAAACCUCUGCACCAAUGACUUUGCAGUGAAAAUCCGAAUUCUGAGAAAAAACACUACCACCACCAUCUCAGACUUCGACCUGGACCCUGGCAGGGUGGAAGUCCUGAAGCACGGCCCACUCCUUAGAACUGAAAUCCCUGCCAGGCUCCAGCAGUGGCUGGACAUAGAUGCUACCUGCGUACACAACAUCAUGAGAGGUACUCACACAGGAGUCUUUGUUGUAAGUGGUGAAGUACAGAGUGACAAAGUGGUGGUGAACAAGGCCUAUGCCUGGCAGAAGAAGAACAGGAACCUGCACCAGGCAGUGCGCAGGUGGAAACAUCACCGUUGCCCUGAACAGGCAGGCCACAAGGUCUGAGGAAGCUCUGUUCCGAGAGCAAGAAACUGCUCCCCUCCCUAUGCAUAGAAAGUUCCUUUCCCUGGCAGCUGGUCUUCUGAAGAUGUUUAUAGGUGAUUCAGAGCAGUCAUAGUCCACAGGUAGGGAUCCCUACAGAUCACCAUUUUACUGAGACAGUUUAAGGAUGCAGACAUAACAUAUUCCUCUUGCAAGGCUCUGCAGAUCCAGGUCUUGCCACCCACCGCUUUGUGUAGGUUCUAGUGUCACAACAAAACAGAACAGGCAAGCACAAACUGGAAGAGACCUUUACUAACAGGUCCUUCUACUUAUCAACAUCAAAGCUGACAGCCAUUUCAGCUUCAUUACUUGACUCUGAGACACUGAUGCUGUCCAAGUGCCUGCUUGCUUUC